AGCUGGACUCUUCAUAAUGCUUUAAUUACUGCAUGUUUAAAAAAGAGCUAAACACAAUAAACCAUGAAAACUUCACGUCCUCUUUCCCUCUUCUGCAUCCUUUUCGCCGCCGUUCUCCUCCACCUCCGCCUUGUCCCCUCUUUCGCUCUCCUUGACCCUACCACACUUUCAUCAUUUGCCAUCGCUCCUGAUGCUGCCGCUCCCCAACCUCUAAAUCCUGGAUUUGUCUCUGCUGACACAGAAUAUAUCCGGUCGAGUUGUAAAACCACCAUGUAUCCUGCUACCUGCUACCAUUCACUUAAUCACUAUGCCACCGCAGUACAACAAGAUCCAGCUCGACUAGCUCGUGUAGCCGUCGGAGUAACCCUAGCCAAAGCCAAGCGCAUGGCAGCUUUCUUUUCCAACAUAUCCCGCGAAGCUGACUAUGGAGCGCAGCCACAAGUUGUAGCUGCUCUCCAUGAUUGCUUCUCGAUUUUCGGGGACACUGUUGGCCAAAUACGUGAUUCAUUGAGUCAGAUGCGUAGGCUCGGUGGCUCCAGCGAGUCGUUGAGGUUUCAGAUGAGUAACGUUCAGACAUGGAUGAGUGCAGCGUUAACUAAUGAGGACACUUGCACCGAUGGAUUUGAGGAUGUUACUGAUGACGUGCCAUUGAAUUGAAUGUCUGUGAUCGUGUAGGGAAGGUGAAGGAGGUGACUAGCAACGCUUUGGCUUUAGUAAACAGUCUUGCCAAUAAGAUAUCAACUCCAUGAACGAUGAACGGUUGAGUUGAAACUUUAUUAUUGACCACGUUAGAUGUUGAGAAGUUUAGGUUGCAUUUUUGGCAAAAGUGUGAAAAGGUAUUAGUGAUAUCCUACUAGUGUACAAGCCAAACCAUCAAGUCAAACCGAACCGACGAACCAAGUUAAACCGAAGAAAAAAUUCGACUCAUGGUUUGGUUUGGUUGGUUUGGUGUUGGAAAAUAAAAAACCGAUCACUCUUGGUUUGGUUUGAUAUUAACAAAAAAUAAGUCAAACCGAAUCUAAACCAAACCGAUAUUAUAUAUAAAUAGAUUUUAAAAAAUUUACACAAAAAAUAAUCAUUAAAAUCUAAUUUAUAAGUAUUUUCUAAAUUAUUUUAUAGUUUUCAAUAUCUUGAGAUAUUAUUUAUUUGUGGGCUUGUAAAUUCACUAUCCACCAAGUAGAUUCUAUCUAUGUAAUCCAAAUAUGAAGCCCAAACUAAACCCAACAAGACAAAAGAUAACAAAACCCAAGUUCUCUGUGCUUAUGCACUAGAUUGCAUAUUCAGCAUUUGGUUGUCAUCUUGCUCACAUAAUUGGUGAUUAUUUUAGUGUUGAGGUUUAUCAAGUUUACACUUGACAGUGCUUUGCUUUGUCACAUAUUUGUUGUCAUUUUCUAUUAUGGAAGAUCUGGCAAUUAUGAUUCAUAGGAACAAUUUGUAUUCCUCAUAGAUUAUUUAGAAAAAUAGUAAUGAUGCAGAUAAUGGUGACCA